AUGUACAAGGUGAAGGAGCUGCAGCUAACGCCGGAUAGCUUUGACAAUCCCAUUUUUCGUAUACACUUGCGCUGCUUUCGCUGGUACGGUUAUGUGGCCUCCAUGGAGCAGCGUCAUCCGUGGCUGUCACUGGUCCGUUGCACCAUCUUCACCUCCUCCAUUUGGCUGAGCUGUGCGCUGAUGCUGCUGCGCCAGUUUCUGGCCCGUGGCUAUGAGAAUCUCAAUGAUGGCGCCACCAGCUGGGCGACAGCGGUGCAAUACUUUACAGUCUCUAUAGCCACACUGAAUGCCUAUAUGCAGCGGGAGCGCGUUGUCUUAAUGCUGCGCACAGCCCAUGCGGAUCUGCAGCAACUAAUGCUCGAGGCUGAUGAUCAGGAGUUGGAUGUGCUGCGCACCACCCAACGCUAUGUGAGGACUAUAACGUUUUUGCUGUGGGUGCCGUCGGUGGUGGCUGGUUUUAUGGCCUGGUCGGAUUGCAUUUAUCGCACCAUCUUCUUGCCGCAAACUGUUUUCAACACUGCCGCAGUGCUUCGCGGCGAGGCGCAACCGAUUUUACUCUUUAAACUGUUUCCCUUUGGCGAGCUAUACGAUAAUUUUUUCAUCGGCUAUUUGGGUCCAUGGUAUGCACUCAGCCUGGGCAUUACCACAAUACCGCUGUGGCACACCUUUAUCACGUGCCUCAUGAAGUAUGUGACCCUCAAGCUGCAGAUACUCAAUAAACGUGUGCUUGCCAUGGAUAUUCAACGUCUAAAGCCUGAGCUGUUGCCGCAACAAUUAACUGUGAACGAGCUUAUCCACUGGCAGCUGCAACUGUGCAAGUCUUUUGUCCAGGAACAGCGCAGGAUACGUGCAUUUGUCGGGCAGAUCGAGCAACUGAUUCGUAUUCCUGUCAUGGCCGAUUUUAUAAUAUUCUCCAUACUCAUAUGUUUUCUGUUCUUUGCACUGACGGUGGGCGUGCCCAGCAAAAUGGAUUAUUCGUUCAUGUUUAUCUAUCUGUUUGUCAUGGCCGCGAUCCUGUGGGUAUAUCAUUGGCAUGCGACUCUCAUUAUUGAAUGUCAGAAUGAAUUGUGCUUUGCCUUUUAUGCCGGCGAUUGGUACAACUUCAGCCUGCCAGUGCAAAGAAUGCUGCUCUUCAUGAUGAUGUACGCCCAGAGACCGUUGAAGAUGCGCGCCCUGCUGGUCGAGUUGAACCUGAGAACCUUUCUAGAUAUUAUGCGUGGCGCUUACAGUUAUUUCAAUUUACUGCGUAGCUCGCAUUUGUAUUAGCUUUUAUUUUCUGCUCGUCGUGCCGCUAAUCAAAUGCCGUUGCGCUUGUCAACUCGUCGUUUGGCUAACAUGACAGUUAACAUGGCUUGCAAUUCAUUUGCCGGGAGGGCUGGGUGGUAGACGAACAAGAAGAAGAAAAAACGCAUGACAGACGAGUUGGCAAAAUGCUAAAACAUUUUACAGCGCAAAUAAACGUGA